UGUGGAUGGUGGAUUGUAUGGUAUGACAAAUUAACGUUAGAGAUUAGACUGUACAGAAAUUGAAAUCUACAGUCACUAGAUGGCGUUGUUCUGUUUAGAAACAUUCAAAGGUCGAACAGCUAUCAAAAUGGAAUCCAACUCUAAACUGGAGAAUAGUUUUAAAGUGAAACCCUACCCUGUGGAUCUACCUGUGCAGCAUUAUGGCGAGCUGAGCACAGGAUGUGACGAAUACAUGUCCAGUGUCCAGUCAGAUGGUGCCAUGCCUUCUUUCUCCCUUCCUCAUGGACAGAAAGUGGAAGUAACCAGUGAGAACAUUGGUCGGCUUGCAUUUCUGAGAGAUGGUGAUUUAUCACAUUUUAUUCUUGCUCUCCACACACCUGAGGAUGAAACACAAGUGGUUGCCGUGUACUUGCAAGGCAAAUGGUGGCCUGUUGGUGAUGUUUUGAAGACAUCCAACAAAUCAAGAUGUGGACUUGUGUUAGUGGAGUCAGUGAUGGAGAGAGUUGUGCUAUUCCUGCUCAGUCAAGUUAUAUUUGGAAUGUUGGAAAGGCCUGUCGGAGAAGACCUAUAUUUUUCUGCAUAUUCCAUGUCGGAACAUGGCAAAAUUCUCUGGCAAAAUGGUGAAGCGGUUGGGUUUUACACAGUCAAAAAGAAGGGCAGCCUGUGUGAUGGCUGCACUGGUCAGAGUUAUCAGCUCCCUGUGCUGGACACUGUGUUUGUUCGCUCUCACUGGAGAAGGACCGGGCUUGCUUUACAGAUGCUGGAGGAUUUCUGCUCAUCCCAACCCUCUGAGGGCAUUCUGGGAAUUAGCUUUCCUAUGUCUCCUGGCAUGUAUGGAGUUUGCAAGAAGUAUCUCGGGAUCCACAAAGAAGAUCGAGACCGUCUUUAUGAGGUGGAAGCCCCGGGUGAAUGGGCUCAGAGACGCAAUGUGUGGUUAAAUAUCCAGCUGCGGGACCUCCCAAAACACUAGACUUUGUGGCUGUUACUGCAGUGAUCAGGACAGUUUAUCUCUGAGGUGGUGCUUUUUACAGGUGGAAACUGUAAAAAGAGCAGAGUCCACACAGCUCAUACAGGCACAAAACAAGAAGUUGAUUUAGAAGAAGAGGGGAUCCUGCUACAACGUGGCUCAUCAGUCAGUCUCAAAGAAACAUCAAGCUCAGAAAAGAAGCGACCAGCAGAUCAGUCCAACACAGGGACUAACUUUAAAAAAGCCAGGGCUUAACACUCAUGUGCCCAGAAAGAUCUCAGACAGGAACUGUCCUUUCAAAGCCAUAACAGAGAGCCUAAAUAUUCAAGAUGGUACUCUACGAAUUAUGUAGAUGUGGGCAAAUAAAUAAGUUCUAAAUAAAUAUAUGAUAUGAUGCUUUAUGGGUUUAUCUUUAUUACCAUAGAGUGCUACCAUAGAGUAUGACUGUUUUUAUUGUGUGUGUUUAAUUGGUAGUGAUUUAGUGUUAGUGAUUUAUUUUUCUGGAAUAUGUAAUUGUGUACAUUUUAUUGUGUUAUGUUACAUUUGACAAAGCAAAAAUAUUCCCAUGAAAUUAAAAAAAAAAAUCUAAUAUGGUGUUUUCCAAAUAGAUAUGGGUCAGAAUCUACCCAAAGUGCUGUAUGUUGCAGAGAUACCAAAUGUUUGGUGGUGUAACCAUGACAACUCCCUCUCCUUGGUCUUUAAAAAUGACUAAAUGUUCAAAUUGAGCACUCUUACGGACAUAUAAUAUUUAUAUCUGUUUAUUCUUCUAAAUUUUUGUCAGAAAUCAACAUCAUUUCAAAUCAGAAUAUUGUUAUAUGUUACGAAACAGGGCAUUGAUUUCAUACAUGACUUCUGUAGAGGAUACCAGGACAACAGGGCUCCCAUUAUUACACAUCUUUUUUCAUUACAUGUUGCCCCGAGAACACAUUAAUACGCAAAUUAGAUGCAUUGCAUAGAAUGGGAAUGGCAUUUAUGGCCAUGUUUACACGUACAGUCAAACCAAAAUGUAUUCAGACACCUUGAACAUUUCAUUCAUUAUUACAAUUCAUUCACUAUAGUUUAAAAAAAAUGGUAAUAAAAUAUGACAAGAUCUCAGAGUUAAACUGUCAGAAAAAAAUUAUCUUAAUUAUGUCCGAUAACACUUAAGCAAAACAUGGUCAGGUCAAAGUGUCUGAAUAAUUUUUGGUUCCAAAUUUUUAUCAAUUUUACUGGUAGUCCACUGUAUGAAGAAUUUUUGGGUAUAAUAUGUCACAGUUUACUUUAUUUUGCCAUCCUCACUUACAUGAAUGAACUAUAGUGUCCUGCACCCACUAGUAAAAAUAUAUCAAAAAUGUCAGAAUAAUUUUUGGUUUGACUGUAUAUUGCAUAAUGUAAAAUGGUAUGUCAAUCAUUGUGUUAGGCUAUAUCUUUCAUAACAUAGUUUAGAAUAAUCUUUAUACAAAGUUUGGGUUAAAAAAAAGCUUGAAACCUAAAAAUCGAUUGGUGAAUAAAAAAAAAAAACAUUGUUUUUGCCUAUUCAUGUCUUUUA